AUGUCAGCGGCGAACGCCGUGUCACCUGUAGCGCUCGCCCGGCGUCUGAAGCGCCGCUCUCCUCUUCCUCCUCCUCCUCCUCCUCCUCCUCUCUCUGCCGGACUCCCAUCGAGGGAGAAUAAUGACUUAGCGUCUGGAGUGUGUGAGAGUGAGUCCAGGCGGGCGCACGGCAGGAGACCACACGCUCACGCCACUCCUGAUGAAGAGGAUGAAGGAGAGGGUGAUGAAGAGGGUGAUGAAGAGGAUGAAGAGGAGGAGGAUGUGUCGUCUCUGAAGAGCAAACUGAAGAAGCAGUCGACGGCCACAGGGUGUGGCGUGGCGAGGGCCUUCCUCCGCUCUCAGGCCGCUCUGUUCGGAUCGUACCGGGACGCACUGCGGUACCGACCGGGGGAGCCCAUCACCUUCUGUGAGGAGAGCUUCGUGAACCAUCGCUCCAGCACCAUGAGGAGCUUCCUGUCGAUGGCCGUGAACCUGCAGCUCUUCAAACAGUUUAUCGACGGACGUUUGGCCAAAUUGAACGCAGGCCGCGGCUUCAGCGACGUGUUUGAAGAGGAGAUCACCGACGGCGGCUUCUGCGGCAGUAACUCCAGACACUAUCACCAGUGGAUGCACACGGUCAAGAGAGGUGGAGCCUUCAUCAACACAGCAGUGACUAAGGCCAAAAGUCACGCCAAAAGAGGAAUCCGGGACUUCAAGGGCCGCCUCAAAGCCCGGGAGGAUGAGGACGAGGGUCCGGCCGUUUGUGGAGGGUCUCCCACCAGCACCAAGAGUCUGUCUCCACGACGACUGCACAAGAUCCGGAGGGACUACUCCAAGUCCCUCCCACGGACCCCCCCUCGGCACGAAGCGCUGUCCGCCUCCCGUCACCCUCAGGACCGGUUCUCCUACUCCCCCGUGCUGCCUCACCGCACCCCUCCCUCCCCCACACCGGCCGCUCGAACCCGGACUAUCUCGGACCCGCAAACCGCCUCGGAGCCCCCCGGGACCCCCCCGCCGCAGCCCGGGUCCACCAGCGUGCUCCGGCGGAAGGUCCUGUCCAAGGAAACGGCUCGGCAUUACCAGGAGAAGGUCUUCCACCGCCAGAGCAGCCCCAUGAGGACCUCGGCCAUGCAAGUGCCGUGGGAGAGGGACCAGAGCGGGAAAGAGGGGCUGCUGGGGCUGGGGCUGUGUCUGGGGCAGGCCGGGAAAGGGGUGAGCGAGGUGCAAGGACUGCUGGAGGAGAUGGGUUGCUGCAUUAGCUCAGAGGCAGAGAGCGGGAAAGGGAAAUGUAACAGCAGCGUGACGGUGAGCAGCAAAACGGACGAGUGA